GAUAAUUUGGAAUGUUUUCAAACCCCUGAUGAGCCACAAGUUUGGAAAAAAGGUGUUCUAUUUGAAUUACUUAAGUGAGUUGAGAGACCACCUGAAAUACGAACACUUGAAUAUCCCCGAAGAAGUGAUUCGGAAAAUCUGUUGAUUUUGAUGAAUAUGGCGAUAUUCACAUCCCUGGAGUAAUCCUGAAGGCUUUUCUCCGAGAACUUCCUGAACCUUUACUGACCUUCCCGAUGUAUGAUCAGAUCGUUCAAAUCACUAGUGUGGAAAGCAGCUUGCGAGUGACCAGAUGCAAAGAAAUUGUACACAGGCUUCCUGAGCACAAUUAUGUCGUGCUGAAGUUUCUGAUGUGUUUUCUCCAUAUGGUGUCGCAGGAAACUAUUUUCAACAAAAUGACCAGUUCUAAUCUUGCUUGUGUCUUUGGCUUGAAUUUAAUCUGGCCACCCAAAAAUGCUCCGUCCUUCAGCACCUUGGUGCCUAUAAAUCUUUUUGUGGAGUCGCUGAUCGAUUUCUAUCCCAUCAUCUUCAGUUCGCGAAAGGUGCCUGGUGAACGUUUGCCUUGAAAAUCAAGAGACUGGGGACUGUAAGGAACACACACACACCCCACUCCUUCCCACACUUUUCUAGGCAAGGAAGCAGGAUGAAUUCCCAUGUUACAAGGCAAGUGUGGGAGGAGGAGAGCCAUGUUAGUUUAUGGGAGCAAAAAAAUAUAUAUCAGGAGUCUAGCAGCCCCUUUUCUAAUUCAUGCAUUUUUAUUAAACAGUAGCCGCUUUCAUGAAUUCUGGCCUUUUUUGCACUACCCACCGCCCCUCGUUUGCUUAGCUCAGCAUCAGUGCUCAAACAAUUCUCUUCCUUGGGGCCAUCCUCCUUUGUAAGCCCUUUAAAAAAUGCAUGAAAUCACCAAGCCGUCUGUUUUUCAGGGACAUUAAUGCCUGAGCUGUGAGUACUGAUUGAAUGAUAAACCAAGACUUCUUUUGCUUCGUUGGGAAUAAGACGGGGAUUCGAAAUGUGCAUCUGUUGUGUUCCCCCCAGAGUGUUAGUGGCUGGUUGGACUGAUUCUAGGCACGGCAAACACACAGUAUAUUAUAAAAGUUUUGAAUUGCAUUCAAAGAACAUUUAGAAAUGUAGUUCUGCGUUGCCCCUUUGCUUCCAGGCGGCUGCACCUUAAGAGAAUUCUGUUUUCUAGGCAGCGCAUGCCAGGAAUUAAAUGUGCUGUUAAAUCAAGCCUCAUGAAUUAUUCAGGGGAGUUUAUAAGAAAAUUUCUGGUGUGAGAAAUAUGUGUUUCAGAUUUCUCCAACUCUUAACAGAAGUCCUGGAGAUGUCCCCCGCAGUGACUUUGAUAACAGUUUCUCUUUACAAAUGAUAAUUGCACAAUUCCAGCUUUUGUGAGGCAGGGCGGCCCCGACAAACUCAUCCCUGAUUAUCGGAGAGCAAUUUUCAGGCCAUUUCCAUUGCAGAAAAGAAGGUGAUUACGGGUGGGGGGGGGUGUAAUCUACAGAAACACACAUAGUGCAGUUGGACGCAGGACAAUUAAAAAAGAAGAAGGGAAUUGUAGCAUGCAAAAUCAAAACUUUUCCUUUGAAAGCUGGUGACUGACAGCACAUAAAUGGAGGUAAAUAUUGCAGUUAAGUUAAACCACAGGGGCUUUAAAACGCUUGCAAGAUUUGUCUGAUUUUUUUUAGAAGGUUCCAGAGAGAAUCGGCGGCAUUGAAUACUUUUACUGUGCCAGACUUGACAAGGAAAAAGACAGAGUGGCUUUUUAAAACAUGUCCCUGCUGUUAGAGGGGGGGAAAAUUAGAAACAAUGAACGGUUUCUCCUAAGACAUAUAUGUUCUAGGAGCAAGUUGGGUAGAUAGUGGGCUAUAUUUUCAUAAAUUACUUUGUAAACAAAGAUGUCUUGUUUACGGAUUAAUAUUUUUCUGAUUCAGAAAAGAGUAUUGUUGAUUUUCUUGUGAGAGUUUUGAAGAGAAAACUAUUGUUACUAGGCUUAUUGCGGUCAGGCUGGUGAUUAUCCACAUUGUAAGAAGGGAGAUGCAUUGGCUCAGUGGGUAAAAUGCUGAGCUUGUCGAUCAGAAAGGUUGGUAGUUUAGCGGUUCUAAUCCCUAGUGCUGCAUAACUGAGUGAGC